CAUUGGCCUUAAGGGAUCUGGAGCUUUGGGGUUCCGUAGAUUCAUAAUGGUGGCCCCUUUACGCACCUGGGCCUCACAGAAUCUUGGCCUGAGACAGUCUUAGCCUCAUAGCAUUCUGGAUUCUUGGAAUUUGGGCCUCUGGUGCCAUUCUAGACGCUGUCCCGUUGGAAUUCGAGAAUCUUAGACACACAGAAUGCCAAGGCCUUUGACUUUGAGCAUCUUUGCUUUAAAAUGUCUCUAGUUUUCUUUUUUGUAGAAUUCCAGGGCCUCAGCCAAAGGGCCCUGGAGAGUGUGUGAUCACCCCUUAUUUUACAGAGAAGAAAAGGGAAGACAUAGAUGGGGCUUCCGGCAGAGGCAGAAUGAGAGGUGCAGUGGGGUGUGGUGACACCAGAACGCCAAGCCACAGUCGUUUUAUCCACCCCAGCCCCGAUCUCAUUAUCCCCAAACCUCUUGGCACCCUAACCUGACCAUCUGUUCUUUUUGCCCCUCUCAGGAGAAGAUCAAGGAAAUUGGAGAUCGGCAGCCAGAGAACCAGCCGGAGGGGACCCUUGAGGCGCCUCUCAGCAUCGAGGCAGUGGCUGCCGAGCUGCGGCCCCUGAUGUCCUGGAUGGCAAACACCACAGAGCUGCUCAGCUACGUGCAGGAGAAGGUGUUAGACAUGGAGAAGGAGGCUGACCAGGAGGGCCUGUCCUCAGACCCCCAGCUCUGCAGUGACCUCGAGCUGUGUGAUGAGGCCAUGGCAGUUCUCGAUGAGGUCAUCAUGUGUACCUUCCAACAGUCGGUUUACUACCUCACCAAGACACUGUACUCCACGCUGCCGGCGCUUCUGGACAGCAACCCUUUCACUGCCGGGGCAGAGCUCCCAGGUCCUGGGGCAGAGCUGGCUGCCAUGCCCCCAGGCUUGAGGCCCACCCUGGAGGUGUUCCAGACGGCCCUGGAACUGACCCGACAGUGUGAGCUGCACCCGGACCUGGUGUCCCAGACCUUCGGCUACCUGUUUUUCUUCUCCAAUGCGUCCUUGCUCAACUCCUUAAUGGAGCGGGGGCAGGGCCGGCCCUUCUACCAGUGGUCUCGGGCAGUGCAGAUUCGGACCAACCUGGACCUUGUUCUGGACUGGCUUCAGGGUGCAGGACUGGGGGACAUUGCAACUGAGUUCUUCCGAAAGCUCUCCAUGGCUGUCAACCUACUGUGUGUACCCAGAACUUCCCUGCUCAAGGCGUCCUGGAGCAGUUUGCGGACGGAGCACCCAACCUUGAGCCCCGCCCAGCUCCACCACGUGCUCAGCCACUAUCAGCUGGGCCCAGGCCGCGGCCCUCCCCCGGCCUGGGAGCCCCCGCCAGCCGAGCUGGAGGCUAUGGAUACCGGCGACAUAUUCGAGAGUUUCUCUUCACACCCGCCUCUCAUCCUGCCGCUCGGGGGUUCGCGCUUGCGCCUUUCGGGGCCUGUUACGGAUGACUUCCUGCACGCUGAACUGCGCAGGCUCCGCCGCCUGCUCUGGGACCUGGAGCAGAAAGAGCUGCCGGCCAAUCAGCGCCAUGCGCUCCCCGGGCCGCCGUGAUCUGCCUGGGUCUCGGAGUUUGCCGGAAAUAGUAAUUCUUCCCAUUCGGCCCCGCCCCGCCCUUCUGGGUCUGAAGCUGAAAUGAACGUGCGGGGGCGUUCCCGGGUCGGCUGGAAGUUGAAGUUCUCGGGCGUUCCCUGAGCUGCAGGGGAGAAAUAAAGGAAUUUGGAGCUGGG